UCUCUUUUCCACGUCCCUCCUUUCACUACCCUACACCAUGUACUCCCGCGCAUGUUAGUCUUCCCCAUUUCCAAACUAAGAUUAAGAUCUUCUUCAACAAUGCUUCAGCUUUCAAUUUUUUCAAAAACUAAUUUUCUGAAGCUCUGCUAACAUGCGCCGUAGAAACACAUCCGUUUGAUCUCUGUCGGUUUAUUUGUUCUGACAACGUUGUCAUCCUGGGUUUGUCGGUUAUAGUUGGUUGAUCAACUUAGAAAAUCAUGGGUUUUCAAUUUUAUGGCUUAAAUCAAUGGUUUUGCAUAGUGGGGUUGUGAAAAAAAUGAUUUUUAUUUAUUUUUAAUGGAUGUUUUAUAGUGUUUUUGAUUUAGAAGGUAAAGGGUUUUUGUGAUUGAGUAGUUUUUGUAAUUUUAGAAAAGUGAGUUUUUUUUUUUUUUUUGGGUAUGGAGAGUGAAGGGUUUGAUUUGAAUAAUGGUAAGAAGAUUGGUGAUGGUUUUGUUGAUAGAAGUAAAGUGAGGAUUUUGCUUUGUGAUACUGAUUCCAAUACCUCUCAAGAGGUUUUUACACUUCUUUUGAGAUGUUGUUAUCAAGUUAUUUCAGUGAAGUCGGCAAGACAAGUAAUUGAUGCACUGAAUGCGGAGAAGGAAACUAUAGAUCUCAUACUGGCUGAAGUUGGCCUUCCGAAGAAGAAGGGCAUGAAGAUGUUGAAGUACAUAGCCCGAGACAAAGAAUUGCGCAGAAUUCCUAUUAUAAUGAUGUCUGCACAAGAUGAGGUGUCUGUUGUUGUGAAGUGCUUGAGGCUCGGAGCAGCAGACUAUCUAGUAAAGCCUUUACGCACAAAUGAACUAUUAAAUUUGUGGACGCACAUGUGGAGAAGGAGGCGCAUGCUUGGACUUGCAGAGAAGAACAUGUUAAAUUAUGACUUUGAUCUGGUAGUAUCAGAGCCUAGUGAUAACAAUACAAACAGUACCACCCUGUUCUCUGAUGACACCGAUGAUAAGUCAAAGAGAAGCACUAUUCAAGAGACAGGAAUAUCAGUCCAACAAGAGCAAGAGUCUACUAUUGCAAAUGCUGCUUCUGUUGAGGAACCUCGAGAUGAUCAUGCAUCAGAAUGUCAGCCUGAUGUCCAUGGAAUAGAUGAUCAGCAAACAGCUUCUUUUUCAUCUGGUCCAAAGAAGAGCGAACUAAGGAUUGGGGUUAGGGAGUCAUCAGCUUUCUUCACAUAUGUUAAAGCAUCAAUGCUAAAGAGAAACCUUGAAGGGAUUGUUCAAGCUGAUAACAAUGCUGUCGCAUGUGUUAGGAUGGAAGUUAUGCAUCAAGCAUGUGCUCAACAAGGGGUUAGUGAUCUUGAAGUAUGCAAAAAUGGAGAAACUUGUGAUAGUCAAUCACAAGAUGACUUCCCCAGCAGCAAUAGUAUACCUGAUUCUUUAUCUAUUGAGAGAUCUGGUACUCCACCUGCAUCUUUGGAAGCCUCACAGCAAAACCGUUACGAAGAAGAAAAUUUGCAUCACAGCAGUCUGAUACAUCCAGGAACUGGGACGCAUUGUUCUGAGCUCGAAAUGUCUAACAUGCCUGCACAAAAUUUGCAUCACAACAGUCUGAUGCAUCCAAGAAAUGGGGCUCAUUGUCCUGAGCUUGAAAGAUCUAACAUGACUGCACAACCUGCUUAUCCAUAUUAUAUGUCAUCGGGAGUUAAUCAUGUUAUGAUGCCUUCAUCGGCGCAAAUGUAUCAAAAGAAUGUCUACGACCUGCAGCAUCAUGCUGGUACAUCUAUUAUUGGUCACUACAAUCAUGUUCCACAAGUCGGUCCUCAUACCACCGGCAUGAUGUCCUUCCCGUAUUACCCAAUGAAUAUGUGCUUACAUCCAGGUCAGUCAUGGCCAUCCUACGGAGGUUCAAGUUCAUCCGAAGCAAAGUUAAGUAAAGUUGAUAGGAGAGAAGCAGCAUUGAUUAAAUUCAGACAGAAAAAGAAAGAGCGCUGUUUUGAUAAGAAAAUUAGGUAUGUCAAUCGGAAACAACUUGCUGAAAGACGGCCUCGUGUGAGAGGACAGUUUGUCAGUAAGUUGAAUGGUGUUAAUGUGGAUCUUAAUGGACAGCCUCCUUCCAUUGAAUAUGAUGAAAAUGAAGAAGAUGAUCAGGGAGCUAGAGAUUACUCUCCGAGGGAUGCUUGAAUAUGUUAAACUGUCAUGUCGUCGAAAUGACUAAGGGCCAGUUAGUUCCUAUAAUAUCCUGUCAAGGAUCUGCCUCUAUUCCUUGCUUCAACGGAAAAUUGAUGCCUCAGCAUUAAUUGGCCAUCACUUGUUAUAUAAGGGUUGCAGAUCCAGUGUACACCCUCAUCAUUUAUAGCGGAGUCAUUUUCUGAAUACUGCUUCCUAAAAUGAUCUGUCUGGCUAUGAGAUCUUUGGAAGGUAUACCUCUGUAUACCUCCUGCCGACGAUGUCCAAUGCAGUUGAAAGUUUCAUACCAUUCUUAAGCUCUAUUGAACUGAUAAAAGCAGAGGCUGUACUUUCAUAUUUUUUGUUAAGAAAUCUUAAUUGUCCUGAUGAAUGGGUUUUUUUUUCUUUCAAAAAUUCUAUUUUUAAUCAAAAUUUACAACCAUCCAAAAGCCUUUUACGCUCUAAUAUUCAAAGUACCAUUUCUUUUAGCUCUAUCUUUAUGGAGUUCAGUAAAAUCUCUCAAGCCUUUCCUUUUCA